AUGCCGGCAAGUCUGGCGUGUCGCCCAAGGAAGAGUACUGCGGCGGUGCGUGCUGCAUUAGCCCCGAGUACCCGUGCUGCGGCGGCGACAAGUGCUGCAAGAAGGGCGGCUGCUGCCAGAAGAACGGCGUCUUCGUCUGCUGCAAGAGCUACUAGCUCCGCACCACCGUCGCCGCAAGCGCUGGGCUUUAGGCUCUCGGGCCUCGAGACUUUCGAGCCCGGCCUACUAACCUGUAGAAGGACGUGA